ACAGUUUCAAAAGUUUUGCGAGCCAUUGUGUUGUUUAAUGUGCUCGCUUGUCGCCAUUUUUCGAAAAAGAAAAAUAUCCCAAGUAUUUGAAAGUAUUUUCGAGUUUAAAGUUUGAGAAAAAUCUCCGUCUACUUGAAGCCGUAUUAGAUGAGAAUAAAAUUGGAUUGAAAAUAUCUAUAAAUCGAGGAUUAAAUAAGGAAUAAAAAUGGGCGAUUCACGAAUGAGGGUCGGUAUCGGAUGCCCAAAACCACAUCGACUCAUUGUCAUCGAUAAAAAAACAAACAUGUAUUUUCUUGUCGCCGCCGAUUCAAACGUAAGUUUUUUCCCAAAAUCAAGAAAACCAAAAAAAUCAAGAGAUUAUGUCGAAUUAGGCACGAGUGAAUUGUUUCUCAAUAGUUCCGGUGCAAUUAUACAAACUUACGGUAAAAUUGAUUGUGUACUCGACAUUGGCUUGGGAAGAGAAUUUUCAUGGACAUUUAAUUUGUCAAAUUUCGAAAGGCCAAUUCUUGGCAGAGAUUUUCUUACGCAUUUCGGUCUAGAGUUAAAUUUCACAAAAAUGUCUCUCUUUAAUCCAGUGACAAAUUGUGAGACGAAAAAAAUGUCAAUUAUCCCCUGCGAGUGUCAUCAAAGACAACAUUGUGAAGAUGGUUGGCCGUCCAUUACCGGAAUUUACACGAAACCGAUAAAACAACGUUUUUUCGUUUAUGAAAAAUUUUCCAAAUUACCAUUCCUUGUUGGUAAUACAUCACAGUUGUGUAUUUUUCCCAUUUCGUGUUUGUCAGCGGAAAAUAAACUCGAACCGGUUAAUGACAGUUUGGAAAUUGUUGGCGAUUUGAAUAAGAAGUCGAAAGUUUUGGGUUUUACGAGUUUAACGCUAGAUUUUGGAACGAAUAGAAAAUUUGUAUGGAAAUUUUUUGUUGUCGACGAUUACAAGCCUAUUAUUGGAUUAGAUUUUAUGAAUCAUUUUGGUCUUGUUAGGAAAUUUCAACGGAGUCGUUUUUAUCUUGCCGAUUUGAGAACAAAAUGGUCUAUUCCUUGUGAUACGACGAUUGAUGCAACCGGUUGGCCUUCGACUGUCACUGUGAGUUAUAAGCAAAAAAGUGCCGAAGUUCCUUUGAAAGUUCUCGAAAAUGUUGAGAAAAAGUUUAAUUAUAAAACGCAAGAAGGUCCAAAAUUCAGUGAAGCAAGUACUUCUCGCGAAAAUCCCAAAAAAGAAUCGAAAAGUCCGAGAGUGAAGAAGGAUAAGAAAAAAUUCGCUAAAACAACCCGCAGUGAGGAAAAUGCUGUCAGCAGGCCAAGGAAUCCAGAAGAAUCCAAUUCGAGGAUAAAUCAUCGUUUUCAUGUCGCUGAUUAUAAUUCGAAAUUACAGUGUCUAGUGUCGAAUGUUCAGAUUAGUAUGUUUCCGAAGAAUUACGUCGACAGUAGGGCUUUAAAUCUCACUGGAAAUUUAUCGGAAAUUCGUGGUACUUAUGGACAAUUUCUCAAAGUUUUUGGAUGGACCACUAAAACUUUGGACUUGGGUUUAGGAAGAGAGUACCCGUUCCGAUUUGCCGUGGUUGAUAUUGAAAAGCCAAUUCUCGGCAAUGAUUUUAUACGACACUUCAAUUUCUGCCAAAAUUCGAAUAGUUUGAUUGAUCGUCAAACGAAUAUGAUCACCGCUCCACCGUCUGAACCGUGUGAUUGUCGAAGAUCCGUCAACGGCUGGCCGGAUGUACAAGUUUCGAGACCAAGAUUUCCCUCCUGGCGAGGACGAGGAUUCCAAAAUUUCAGAAAAUAUCCGCGAAGAAAUUACUCCGAAACACGUGCUGCUGCUCCUCAAACAAGAAUGAGAAGUUCAACUCCCGUUGAUGGUGAAUCGGGAAAAAACACCUCUUCCGAAAUCAACACUCCUCAAUUGUCAGCCAAUUUUUCUUCUGACAAUUUGGAAUCGUCGAGUUUGAAAAAUGAAUCGGAAAUUUCGAUUAAAAUCAUGAACAAGUCGGCCGAUGAUUCGGAAGCUGAAUUGGAGACGAAUUUCAAUAAAGAAUCGCGUAUUUUGGAGUCAAUCAUUUCCGAGGAGAGUCCUGUGAUUGUUAGUGAGCCGAAGACGAAACAAGUGAUUAUUCCCAGUGAUCAAUCCAAAGAGGAGCCGAAAAAGGAAGAAAAGAUCAAGAUUCUCGUCAAGGAAACAACUUCCGAAGAAGACUCUGCAAUUUCCAUCGAAGAAAAUUUCAACAUUGUCGUUAAAGUACAAACGGCUUCCAAAGAAGAUACAAUUUCAAUCGAAGAAAAUGUCCAGAUUGUCGUUAAGGAGCAAAAACCUUGCGAAGAAGAGGCAAUUUCCAUCGAAGUCACCGAGAGCACCGAACGCGAGCCGAAUCAAGAAAUCGUCGAUUCAAAAAUUUCGAAUGCUGAAGAAGUCAAAAUAACAGAGUCGAGAGAAGAAAAAAAAGGAGAGAAUUCAGUCGAAAAAAUGGACACAGCCGACGAUGUUUUCGAGUCAUCAGAUUCAGAUUUGGAAGUGAUCAACGAAGUUCCCGAAGCAAUUGAUGAAAAUUCCCAAGAAAAAUUCGAAACUGCGAAAGAUUCAAAAAUCGAAAAAAGCACCGAAAUGGAAGUCAGUUCCGAUUCCAAAGAAGAUUCAGCGAAACUAGAAAUCAAGUUUUGUAAACUAAAGAUCGAGGAUAUUAAAAACGAUAAUAAUUCCACGAAAGAAAUCAACGAACUCCAGGAACUCCAAGAACUUCAGGAAGAAAAAGAAGUCAACAAGAAUUCCACAGUCGAAAAUCUCAAGGAAUCUACAGAAAUUUUGGACAAUGGAUUUUCGAUAAUUAACAUUGAAAAUAAUUCCCCCACUCAAGAGGAAACUGAAGACUCCAAGAAAGAUUCGAGAAAAUGUGAUAACUCCUCCAAAGAACUCGAAUCAGAAGAAGAUUUCAAGGAUUGCUCCGAACACUUCGAGGAGGAAACAACAAAACAAAAAAUUGAAGAAUCCGACGAUGAAGAAUCAUCUUCCGAUGAUGAAAGUUCAGAGGCAAAGACGGCGAUCAAAGUGGACGAAGACGAGAGUUCGGAUGACACUUCCGAAGACGAGGUCAGUUUAGAAGGAGAGACAUCCGAAGAUUCCGAAGACGACGAGGAGAACGAGAAAAUAGAUUCAAAAUCAAUCACCGAUGACUCCAAGGAAUUAAUCGAAGAGGAGGCGAAAAAAUUGGACGAUUCAUCAACGACUGAAACUGAUUCUGAAUCCGAUUCCACUGAUUUUGAUUCACAGAAAUUAGUCAUUGAUAUCGAAACCUCAAGAGUUGAGAAAAAACAUUUUCACAUAAUGGAGAAAUCUUCGAAAAUUCUAUUUUUCAUCACUGAAAAAUCUCAAGUGAGCAGUUUUCCAAUUUCAUUGAUACAAGGCGAUUCAAUGAAAGAUUCAGAAAAAAGCGAAUUCAUUGUUGCUGAUUCAUCAAUAUUUCCCAUUCUCGGCUGGACAACGUUGAAAUUAGAUUUUGGAUUGAACAGAGAAUAUGAAUGGACAUUUGCCGUGACUGAUUUUGUCCGACCAAUAAUUGCAAAUGAUUUUUUAAAUCAUUUUCGACUCGAGUGUGAUCACACUUUAGAAUAUCCGAGAAUUAUCGAUUCAGUGACAACGAAAAUAACUGAACAAUUCAUUGAUGAUUGUGACUGUAAAAAUUUUGCUUUUUUGGCAAAUAUUCAAAAAAUUGAUUCAAUUCCCGAGUCAGUGAUGAAUGAGAAAAAAAUUGCUAUUGAAUUGUGUAAAACGCCUGAUGAAUGUUCACUGGAGAAACGUUUAAUUCUUGUUGAUCAAAAUAGUGGAUUACCGUGUUUAAUAUCUGAAUUUGAUAUUAGUGUUUAUCCGAAAUUAUAUGUUGGUGAGGAUGAAAAAAUCGAGAAAUUUGAUGAUUCAGUGAAAAUAUUUAAUGGCGAUGUGGAAAUUCCAAUUUAUGGUUGGAUUGUGAGAAUAAUUGAUUUUGAACUUGGAAGAUAUUUCCUGUGGAAGUUUCUUGUUAUUGACAUUAAUGCGCCAAUUAUUGGCAAAGAUUUUACGCAACAUUACGAUUUUGAUUUAUUACUUGAUGAAAGAAUUGUUUAUGAUCUUGCGACAAAGAAAAUGGUUGAAGGCUCAGAAGAAUUCUAUGAAUGUCAAACAAAGAAAUAUUGGCCUGAUAAUUUUCGUGUGGAAAAAAUGGAGAAAUCAUUGGACGUUGAUGUGGAUUCAGAUGAUUCGGAGAUUGGAAUCGAAGAAACGGAAAUUUAAACAUUUUUUUCAGAUUAUCGUUAAAUGGCAGAAGAUGAUUGAAACAAAACCAAAUACUCAAAGAAGACAGACGAGAUUCAACGACAUUUGAUUGGAUAACUGUCGAUUUAAAAAGUUUAAGAAACGUUAUCAAAGAAAGAUAUUUUUAUUUUUUUAUAUUAUGACUUAAAAAGAAGUUUCGUUUCCUUAUUAAUAAGUUAAUUUUUAUGUUUCUAUGUUUAGAUUACAUUUGGAAUGUAUUUUCUAACAUAUUGUUUAUUGAGAUUGAACAAAAGACUCAUCUAAUUUGCCAUAACUUUGUUUUACGUUCGUUUUAUAUGUUUAAUAAAUUUUGUAUUUCUUUAUAAA